AUGACCGACACCCGCAGCCUCAUAACCCGCUUCAAAUUCUCAACCCUCCUAAACCAAGACCAACAAGGCCGGCGCAUCGUCCUCCAAGGCACAAUCUCCGGGCAACCAGCCCUCCUCCUCGCCGAACGCGGCGCCUUCAAAACAGAACCAAACUACCUCGGCUCCUUCUCGCGUCUUCUGGCCCACGUGAAAACCCUCGGAGACAAUGACAUCUACCACUGGUACCUAGCCAACUCCAUGACAGAAAACACAAUCGACGAACCCACGCCCCCGGAUUUAAAGAUAAACCUCAUAUACCCUUGCACCGAAACACAUAUCCGGAAGUACUCAUUCCAGCAAGCACGUGUCGUGAGAGAGACGGCCGAGAUUUAUGAGGAGUUUGUGAGGCCUUAUAUGAAAGUUUGUCGGGAGGAGGGGAGAUUGAAUUGGGUGUUCAAUAUUUUGGAAGGAAAAAGUGAGCAAGAGAAUGUGUUGUUUCGAUCUCACGAAGCAGAUCCGCAGGAUGAUUUCCUUUUACUUCCGGAUUUGAAUUGGGAUCGUUCGACGCUCGGGUCUUUACAUUUAUUGGCGUUACCGAUGAGGCGGGAUAUUUGGUCGGUGAGGGAUUUGAAGAAGAGGGAUGUCGAGUGGUUGAAACAUUUGAGGGAGACUUUGACGAGGAGUGUGAAGGAGUUGUAUGCUGGGUUGGAGGAGGAUAUGCUGAAGUUUUAUGUGCAUUAUCAGCCGACGUAUUAUCAUUUUCAUGUGCAUGUUGUGCAUGUGGAUCUUGAUGCUACGGGGACGCAGGCUGUGGGGAAGGCGUUGGGGUUUGAUCAUGUUGUUUCGCAGUUGGAGAAUUUGGGGGGUGGGGAGGAGGCGGGGAUGCAUCUGGUUGAGUUGUCGUAUACGGUUGGGGAGAGUAGUGAGUUGUGGCAGCAGGUUUAUUUGCCGUUGAAGGAGGGGAGGACGCCGAGCGUUUUGCAGUGA